UCAUAGGACGAAAUUUACCCACAAUGCAAGGUGACAUUAAGUAUGGCAGCGCCCACGAGUAAAUCUUUAAUUAACAUUUUGUUCAUCGUUCUAGAGCUUUUAAGCGCUUUGAAGUCAGAUGACGAGUUUGAAGGACUUACAUCACUACCAGUGGAGUAUGCAUUUCAAACAGGACCUGAUGCAGUUUUUACAAGGAAAGGUGUCAUUAGCAUUGCCUCCCUCAAGGGAAAUGAAGCACAUUUUUCUCAAGAAAAGGCAUUAGACGAUGAAGAAAAAAAUAUGCUGAAGGCAUUGGCUCAGAAUGAUGACAUUUACAGGCUCAGGGUCCCAACCAAGGUUGGACAGGUGGACGGGCCUUUGUCCUAUGUCUCAACAUUUAUGAAAGCUUGUGCUCUUUAUGAAACACGUCUGUCAGAAACCAUUACCUUGAAUGUUGAUACAUCUGGCAACGUAUUAGGAGUUUCAACCAGGACUUAUCUUCCCUACUGUCAAUAUAACAGUGUGCCAAGCUCACAGCUGUCAAAGUUCAACAUUACAGUAGAGAUUUCACAAACUCUACCAGGACCUGUGCCUGACACUCAGAGUUACAUACAGAGAAUGGAACAAGAAAAGGCAGAAAAAGCUAAGGGCCAGCAACAAGAUAAUAGGUCUUUCUUUGCAAAAUAUUGGAUGUAUUUGGUGCCGCUGUUCAUAUUUCUCCUGGUCUCAUCCAGUCAAGCAGAAGAGGGUGGCAGGUGACAUGGAAAAAGUAGUUAGCUUGGUCACAGAUUGAUGCCUGAUGUUGAGAACUGGAGGAAGAUUAGAGCUACAAAGUUGUUAUCAAGGAAGCAGUACAAGGGGUGUUUAUAGCUACAUUUGAGUUUAUUGAAGCAAACACGGACUGGGAGAAACUUACUAGUGUGUUUUGGAAAUGGGAAAACUACUCCAUUAGACCUUAAAGGGUAGUUUUUUUACAGGUCCCAUCUGAAGUCUUUAGUGAAUAAUCAAAGAUAAAAUGAUUUUUUUUCAUGUUAGUCUUUUAAGUGACUUGGAUAAUGUACAGGAAAUAAUUCUUUUUGUUGUGUAAUUCCCACUGUUGAUUAGAUUUUUCUUGUAUUUAUAAUCAUUAUUUCCACUGUGAAAUAAAAGAACACGAGAUAUACAGCUUCAAAAAUGUUUUUGAUAUAAUACUAGCUCUAUCAACAUGAAAGCCCAGUUGCUUAGAAAAAAUAUCUUCGAAAUUAUGAUGCUUUAGAUACCAGACCCGACUCUUUGUUGUUCAACUGGUAUGAAGGGUGUCAGGCAGGUAAACAACUGCUCAGCUGGCAAACAUUUUUAUUUACUUGUUCAGAACCUUUUCAACUUCUAUUUUUGCAAGAGGAAACCCAAGUUUAAAAUACAUCUGUAAAUAGUCAUUUCUGCUUUAAAGGGGGUGUAAAGUUAGACCACAAAAACUAAGUAUGAAACCAUGCCAGCAAUUUAAUUUUCGUUUUGUGUAACAACAUUUUUGUUACCAUGUGAAUAUGCAAAAAUUAGAAACUGAG